AUGUCCUCAUUCAAUUCGUUUGCCAGCUCGUUGAACAAGACUCUGUACGAUUUCGGUUCGUCCGUGUCGCAGAAGACGCAGGAGUUUUCCAGGGACUUGCCCUCCUUGGCGCAGACGACGCAGCGGCUCGUCCAGGAGAAGUUGGGUCAAGUGACGGACAUCUCGCAGUUACCCCAGGAGUACCUCGAGUUGGAGAAGCGUGUCGACGCGCUGAAGCUUGUGCACGAACAUUUCCUCCAAGUGACUGCGAUCUACGAGAACGAAUCGUACGACUACCCGAAGUACGUCAGGGACUCCGUGAACGAGUGGUCCCGGACUGUUGCUACACGGGUCUCUGAAUUGAGACACGUCUCCUCUGCCGCGGAAGCACAGCAUGUGAUUGCGGCCCCGACGCAAGAGACGGAACCGAAGACAUUGCACUACGCACUGAGCAAAGUGGCCCUGAACGGGUCUCAACUCGUGGAUAACUUGGACGCUCCAAGGACCCCCAGAGAGACGCAAUUGUCCUCGGGACUGUUGGAGUUCAGUGGUGUUGAGGCAGAGUUGGCACAGGCGCGGCUGGAGCAGGACGCAGCGGUGAAGGCGCAAUUCAACGAGAAGUUGCGUGGACAGUUGUCUGGAGAGAUUGCCCGUGCCGCAGCGGCACGCAAGGAGGUGUUCCAGAAGAGACUACAGUAUGACGUCGCACGGACGAACCUUCUGAACGCGAAACCGGAGAAGGAGGCCUCGCUGCGCGUGCAAAUGGAGACGCUCGAGGACGAGUUCGCACAGUGCACGGAGCACGCUACGAUCGUCAUGCAGGAGGUGCUAUCGCAGGCGGACCUGUUGGGAGCCGUGAGAAGACUAGCAGCGGCACAGCACGCGUACCACGAGCGUUCUGCGGCCAUCCUUGAAGGAUUUCUAGGGGCUGCUGAGGCAUCCGCCGCUACGACAGCAACUACUGCUCCAGACACCUCAGCAGCAGACGUCUCACCAGAUGCUUCCACUGCAGGAGAUACGUCCACCCCAAUCGACCUCGACGACGAGUGA